CAUCCAAAACAUAUCCAGCCACUUCGCCAAGUUGUAUGCGAAUCACAAGUUUCUUGCUGCUUCCUUAAAAGCCUCCUCACAUCCACACGCUCAUUCUCAUCAAGAAGAAGAAAAGGGUCUCAAAGAUGAUUCCUCUGCUUUAGACAACUCCUGCGUAGCUUUGACCAAGUCAAGUAGCCAGCACGGAAGAAUUCAUCGUGGAGCUGCACCGGCAGAUUUGGCCUCGGCAAAUGAAGAAAGCUACCGCACGAAAACCAGGUUAAAGAAAAGGACGACAGGAAGUAUUCUCUGGUUAAUGUCAAGAAGAAAAAGCCCCUGCCUGAUGCUCCUCCAGCUCAGAAGGCUUUAUUAGACGGGCAUAAAUCUAAUCUUAGAAUCAAGAAAUCAUCGUCAGGAGCAAGAGGAGGAGCAGCCCAGAAAAAGGAGGAGGAGUUCUAUGACGGGAGGAGAGGCGUGAAGAAAGCGUAUGGCUUGAUGUCGAGGAGUCUUGAAUUGGAGAAACCUAAUCAAGCCACGCCGUCGUGUGAAAUGAAUAGACCAUGUAUUUCGCUUGCGGUGAAUGGCAGAAGGACGUCAUUUUGCUGCUCGCGAGCUGAGUUGGCUGACUUCUUUUGUUGCGCCGGCGUCAAGGUUGUGGCUGUUGACAUGCCGCCCUUUAUGCAGAUUCACGCUGUCGAUUGUGCUAGAAAAGCUCGUGAUAGCUUGGAAAAAUUCACUUCCAAGACUCUUGCUUUUACCCUCAAAAAGGAAUUUGAUGGGGUUUAUGGACCAGCCUGGCACUGCAUCGUAGGGACCAGUUUUGGUUCCUUCGUGACACACUCAGUAGGUGGCUUCAUGUACUUCUCAAUGGAUCAGAAACUAUACAUCCUCUUGUUCAAAACAACUGUACAGAGGGCUGAUUGAAUGAUUUGGAGGUUGAAAACUAUUCUUACUAUUAUAGGGGAAAUUAGGCACUCACAAAGGCAGGCCUUUUUCUCCCCCUUCCAACUUUGUACAAUGCCAGCAGCCUUUUUCUCCCAUGGAUAUUUCUCUCGUACUAGUUACCUUGUCGGUAGGCUCUUUUUUGAAGUAGUUACAGCACAAAAAAGAAAUACUUUCGACUCCACUAAACUUGUGGGGGGGUUUUUGUUUAGAUGUUAGUACAUUGCCUAGUAGUAUCUCAAGAAAACUUGUUAAGAUAGCCCAACAAUCAACAUAUAUAUAUAUAUAUAUAUACCUACCUCCUCUACUAUGCUUCUAUGUCGGUUUCGGUGAAACUGUUGAAGGUAGUGCUGAUUUUUGUGGAUAGCAUAUGGUGAUAUAAGUAAGUUCGAAGUGUAGGAUGAUGAUAUAUGAGGCUGCAUUUCUUGUUCUUGGUUCCAUGCCGGGUUGGCAACUUAGCAUCCCACCAUCAAAAAGAAUGAAUGAAGGGCUUGGAACAAACAAUUCUUGUAAGGUCAGCUAGGGUCCUCCCCUAUUCCCCUGCCUGCCCUGGUCUUUGGAGAUCAAUGAGUGGUGCUUUUCAUUUCUUAGUCUAAACAAUCAUUGCUUUAAGCAAAAAAUUUGACAUUAUUUUAGAGUUGAGAUAAAACGUACCAGUAGUACCUUCUGUUUUGCCGCAAACCAAACCACACCCCACCUUACCUUAAACAGCCCCAGUCCCACGAACCAAAAAAAAUCUCUCAUUGCUGAUCAUUUCUUUUCCAUAGAUUUAUUUUUGGAAAGGGAGUUGUUAUGUAUCCUUCCUGGGUUAAUCUCUUGCUAGUUGUUACCUCAUUUCAUCUAUGGUUCCCUGUUGGAAUGGCCCAA